CCCCUGCCAUCUUGUGCAUCCUCUCCUCAUCUCAUCACCAUGUUUGGAGCCUAAGAGGCACCAGGUAACCCCAACUCCUCAACUUCAAUUGACAAUUCGAUUCCUUGUUUGUUAAACGGGUGAAAAAAUUGCUGCAGAGUUGAAGAUGUUGGGGUCUUAGGGAUUUUUAUAAUUGUUGAUUCUGGUUCAGUUAUGCGAUGAGAAAGGACUAAAGGAGAAGCAAAGAGGAAUUUUUUUUGCUUGUAACCAGGAAAAGAGAUUUAUUUGAUAGCUGCAUUCAUUGUUCCAACAAGAUGCCAGGCAAUCAAAGCACAAUGGAACGAUUCUUGAAAAGAAAAUUGCCCCUAACUGAUGAUAACGAUGAGAAUCUUGAUAGAGGCACUUCAAGAAGAGAUGACACUGCACCAAACGCCAAUCAUUUUACUCAUCUUUCUUCACGGGUCUCACGACAGGAGGUAAAUUUUGAUGAGCUUCCAUAGGAUCCAGCAGAUAGAAGGAGAAUAUCAGAUUAUAUAGGCCAAAAUCUACAAGAUGACAUAAGCCGAAAGUAUUUGAUAAGGGGUCCUUUUAAACCACCACCUGGUUUUAAGUUUCCAGAGACAAUAAUAGCAGGUCAUCCACGUCGAUGUCAAUCUAAUUGGUUUACUAGAUAUGAUUGGCUAGAGUACAGUGGAAAGGUGGAUAAGUACUUUUGUUUAUAUUGCUACUUGUUUAGAGAUUGCAACAUGGGCCAAGGUGGGAAUGAUGCAUUUGUAAUAGCUGGUUGGGAUGGCUGGAACAAAUCUGAUAGGCUUCGAGAUCAUGUAGGCAAAUGUAAUAGUUUUCAUAACACAACUGUGAAAAGAUGCAACAACUUAUUGAAGCCUGGCCAAUCAAUUGGUGCUGCUUUGAACAAGCAAAGUAAUCUCACUAAAGAGAUGCAUUUGAUUCGAUUGAGGACUCAAUUAAAGCAGUCCGAUACUUGUUGAAUCAAGGUUUAGCUUUUCGUGGCCAUGAUGAAUCAGAAGAGUCCACAAAUAAGGGAAAUUUUUGAGAGUUGUUACAACUUUUGGCAGAUGGAAAUGACAAGGUAAAGGAAGCAAUAAGUAAGGCUCCAAAAAACAAUAAGAUGAUAGCUCUUGAAAUUCAAAAGGAUAUUGCAGAGUGUUUUGCUGAGGUAAGAGAACCUUGCAAUAUUAUUUUGUUUCAGAAAAUAUGCUCUCUCUCUCUAAGUGUGAAUAGAUGAAUUAAUUAUUUCUUUUGCAGAUCAUAGUGAAAUCUGUCAUUGAAGAAAUUGGUGGGGAUGUCUUUUGCAUAUUAGUAGAUGAAUCAACAGAUGUUUCUGGUAAGGAACAAAUGGCUAUUAUUUUGCGAUAUGUUGAUAAGCUCGGGGAAAUAAAAGAGAGGCUUAUUGAUGUGGUUCAUGUGAAAGAGACAUCAGCUUCCUGUCUUAAAGCUAACAUCGAUCAUGUGUUUGCUAAAUAUGGAUUGAGCUUCAAACAAGUUAGAGGACAAGGUUAUGAUGGAGCCAGCAACAUGAGAGGUGAAUUUAAUGGUUUAAGGGCUUUAAUCAUGAGAGAAAAUAGCUCUACGUAUUAUAUCCAUUGCUUUGCCCAUCAGCUGCAGUUAGUCAUUGUUGCAGUAGCUAAAAAGAAUGAUGAUUCUAGUGAUUUCUUUGACAUGGUAUCCCUAUUGCUUACUGUGGCGGGGGCUUCUUGCAAACGUAAAGAUAUGAUUCGAGAAAGUCAACAGGAGAGAGUGAAAAAAGCCAUAGGAAGUGGACAACUUAGUAGUGGAACUGGAUUAAAUCAAGAACAGGCCCUUCACAGAGCUGGAGACACACGUUGGGGUUCUCAUUAUAAAACCCUCAAGAGCCUUAACAAUUUGUACCCUAAAGUUAUUGAAGUGCUCCAUUAUGUUGAAAAAGAAGGUCCAAAUGAUGCAAAGAGACGUCAAGCUCGUGGUCUCUUGAACUAUCUCAAAGAUUUUGAUUUUGUGUUCCAUUUACAGUUAAUGCUGCUUAUUCUAGGACAUGCAAAUUCUUUGUCACUAUCAUUGCAAAGGAAGGAUAAAGACAUCUUAGAGGCCAUGUUAGAGGUGAAGUUAAUCAAGCAAAAAUUUCAGCAAAUUAGAGAUGAUGGCUGGGACUCUUUAUUGGAGGCCAUAUACUCCUUUUGUGAAGAACAUGACAUUCCUAAGGUUGAUAUGGAGGAGGACUAUAUUGAUCAUCAUAAUCCAAGAAAAAAGACCAAUCGCACCAACUAUCAACAUUAUAGAUAUGAUUGCUUGAAUCCAAUUAUUGACUUGCAGCUUGCAGAGUUCAGUGACCGUUUUAAUGAGGUGAAUUCUAAACUGCUUACUCAGAUUGCUGCUUUCAGUCCCAAAAAUUCUUUUGAGGCUUUCAAAGUUGAGAGCUUGAUGGAGUUGGCUAAGUCGUACCCCGAUGAUUUUAAUUCAACACAACUGAAGGAUUUUGGACUUGAGCUUCCUAUUUACAUUGAUAAUGUGCGAGCUGAUGAAAGAUUUGCCAAUUUGUAUACUAUUUCUGAACUUGCUAAGCUGAUGGUGCGGACAAAAAAGGAUCUUGCUUUUUCUUUGGUCUAUCAGCUUCUCAGGUUAAUACUAGUUCUUCCUGUUGCCACUGCAUCAGUUGUGAGAUGCUUUUCAGCAAUGAAAAUUGUGAAGACAAUAUUGCGAAAUCGUAUUGGUGAUGAAUUUAUGAGUCAUUGUAUCAUAUGCUUUGUAGAACAAGGAUUUCUAGCCACAAUUCCAAUCAAAGAUGUAAUUGUCCGCUUUAACACGAUGGAUGACCGUAACCGUAGAAGGUAG